GGUAUAUUGUUGUACGAGCAUCUGCAACAAUUCAACAUAGCCAUAGCGUCGUCAUCUACGAAUAGGAGUACGGAAUUUUAGGACUACAAAAUUCUACUCUAUGUAGUAUUAUCUUUAUAUACAAACAACAUCUUUGCCUUUAAAGCAUGCUUUUUAAUACUGUUGAAGAAUCCGUAGCCGCAUAUGAGAAAGCACUGCCACAGCAGGGUUGCUGGAACCCUGGUUCGAACAUUGCGCAAUCACCGAUAUCCAGUGAUCAGGCAUCGCAUUCCUUUGGUAAUGAUUUGAAUAAUCCAAAUUGCUUAUCACACAACAUUGUUUCCGACAACAACCUCGAUGAUUUAGUGCUCUUUCCCAAUGGCGAAGUCCCAAAUUACGGUAUUGAGUUCUAUUAUGACCCGCUUGCCUAUCAAAAUGGGGUGGACGAACUUACAUCAAAACCCACAGCGGGGUCCUCCGAUAACCAAAACCCCUCGCAAUGUCAGAUCACAACUCGAAGAUUGGGUAGUCCGCAGCCGACUCAAGAAUCAUCAAUCGCUGAAGUACGAGACCACCCUUUCGGUUUCCCUAACCAAGCGGAAUACAAUCAAUCUGAAAUGCCAGAACAGGCCGAAACACCAAUAAAUUCACAACAUAUGCAAGCAUUUUCGAGAGCUGGAACCAUCUCUGGAUCGGAUCUUGCAAAUCAUGACCUUGAAACAAACGAGAGCAACUUGAAGGAGUCCACAGAAACUCACGGGCGGAUAUUCCCACUUCGACGAUCGACUAGGAACAAGGGAAGUUGUUCAGCGAGAGGGGCUGGGAACAUUGUUUCCACUAAUCAGACAACAAAAGUUCUAGAGUCAAUGGUUCAAUGCUCCAGUCAAAGGCUAGCUGAUUGUCCCGCGAGUCGAAAUUCCUCAAUUUCUGCAGGUGCCGAAUUUACCAGUGACAAUUUUCGAAGUAAGCUAUUCGACAAAGUAUACGGGAGAACAUCAGAGUUUGGAGAUAAGCCCCUGAGUCAAUCAUUCGUCGCCUCGGAAAUCAGAAAAGCAAUACAGGAUAUCUAUCGCGAUGCUGGCUUCAGAUGGGAGACUACGAAAAUGGAAAGCUUGGCUGGAGAAUCUAUACUCGAGAUCAUUCGAAACGAAGAUAUACCUUGGAAGGAUAUGAAGCCUAUGAAAAUUGCGGAAUCAGUCUACGAGAUCUACUCCAAAGUAGAAUGUGAUCAGCCUAUACCGCAGCGUAUUUCUUCUAGAAUACAGAACACAAGGACUUCAUUCUCUGAUUUGGCGCCACAAACAAACAGAAACCCCUCAAUCUUUUCACGUUCGUCUAAGCGUCGUAGCGAUUAUGAAGGUUCCACGAGUGUCACUUCCUCUUUCAGUAAGCGGCUCAAAAUCCCCUCGGAUGAGUACAAUUGUUACUAUGACCAUUGUAACGCAAGCGUGGAGGUUAAAGGAAUUGGACCCCACAACAAGAUUCAUAAUCCUUAUGAGUUUACGGCUUGCAUUGUGCCUGGUUGCCCGAGGAUAUUCCCCAGGAAGGAGACUAUGAAAAGUCACCUAAAUACCAAAUCUCAUAAAGGUUACCUCAAAAGUCUCUCAGAAAUUGAGAGGAGCAGCAUAUCAAAACGGAUCAAGGAAAAUACUUUUAUAAUCACAGACCGAACCCACGACCACUGCACUUUCUGUGACAAAAAGCUUCCUCGAGGUUCUUGGAAGAAAUGUUGGAAGAGCCACGUCCACAUCUUGAAACAUUUGAGAGCAUCUACCCCCUUGGUCUUCCAGCACUUAUGCUCGGACAAAGACAGUUGUGGGAAAAAAGAGUAUUGGAAGACGAGCUCCUGCAUCCUACCAGAGAAUCGUAAGAAAGUUCCGGAUAGCGAUUAUGGUGACUCUGAUUGUGAAGUACAAUCAGAGAUUGAUGAGGACAAUCUUGAUUGUUCAGACAACGGAGAUAGCACGGAGCCACAAGAAAGACCUGACAUAGAUAGCUAUGCCCAAGGACCUAUCACUCGAGACUAUCGCGACAGGAACAAAAGCUUCAGUGGUAGUUAUCCGGGAAAUCGGAGCCCAUCUGAAUAUAGAAGUCCCUACCACAACAUGCAGCCUCCAAGGGUUCGGCUCAUGUCUGAUAGGUUGGACUCCUCUUCUGACACAGAGUCAGAUGUUGCAAUCUCUAGAUUUCUUGGUGAGAAUCCAGAUGUCGAGUAUUACAACAACUACACUCUUCGGGAUCCAUCACACGUACCUUUGCGGCAUGGUACGUUGAAGUCUUCCAUAGAUUCAUGUGCAACAACCGUGGAACAAGGAGACGGCGAUGCGACGGCCCAACCAUCGACGACACGACUCUGAUUAUAAAAUCUUCCGCGGAAAUGCCACUCGAAGUGCCUCUCUUUUCCUUUGCUUGCCUCUUCCCAUGGCGUUAUCGAUUAUACUUAAAUUCUUACGAAGCUUUCUUUGGUGCGUUCAUGGAGAUCGAAACUCAUUGUAUGUCUCAGAUGGGUAACGACAGAUGAAAUUUGAGGGUCCUCAAUUGCCUAGAUAAGGCGUCAGUUCGACUCGCAAAAUCGAUCAAUACAGCUUAGAAUUAACAGUUUGAGAUAUAUAAGAAAUAAUUUUUAUAACAUGAUUUAUCAUCA